ACUACUUACGCGGCAUACUCAAUUCAUUCUCUUAUAAAGGACGCAGACACUCAUUUAUUCUUGUUUUCAGCGUUAUGCUCUUCGCUUCAUUUCUCGCGGCGGUCGCCUUUAGCGGCGUGGCAUUCGGGGCCAUCGACUUUGAAAACUGGGCACCACCAGGGGACGGAGACGUCCGAGGUCCUUGCCCAGCCCUCAACAGUCUGGCGAACCACCAUAUCAUCCCACACGAUGGAAGAAAUCUAACCGUGCCGCUGCUGGUGGAUGUUCUUGGCAAAGCCUUCAACCUCAGCCCAGAGUUGGCGACCGUCAUCGCUCAACUCGGCAUUGCCACCAAUGAUCCCAGCGCUGACUUCUUUGAUCUGCCUAACCUCAACAAGCACAAUGCUUUCGAGCACGACGCAUCCCUAUCACGUGUCGACUUCGCCUUUAGCGGUGAAGAAAACAUCGCCACAUUUGACGAGGCUACUUUCCGAAGAUUCUUCGAUCCCUUCAACGGCUCCGAGUACAUCGGCCUUCAGGCCGCAGCUGCUGCUCGCUACUCUAUGGUCCAAUACUCCCGGGAGCAUACGCCUGGCUUCACCUACGAAUCUCAGCACCAAAUCACGAGCUACGCCUGAAAAGUCUGUCUGGUUUGGUGAGGGACCACCGCUGAAUAACGCCACGACUUUUGACAUUCCAGAGUGCCCCAACAAAGCAAGGAGACGGGGAAGGUUUUAAGACUCUGAGAUCUUAUUCAAGAUGAAUACUUAUCGAAAGACAAUAGGGGUGAUAGGUUAUCCCAAGGGGGUUUUCCCUGUAGCUAUAGGUACGAUAAGAUAGUACUAGCGCUCCGGCUGAUCCCUGGCAAGGACAGUCGGCCUGAAAGGGCCCUCGGCUAGCUAGCUAACGUAGCCUUCCGAAUACACACACUUUACACCC